AUGUCACUCUUUCAAGCGGCCGAUGCGCAAUACGCUAUGGACGAAACGGACGAGUAUGCCGGUGAGCAUGAAGGCGAACAAACAGCAGAGUCUAUGGCGGAGAGCAAGCGACGCCGUAUAGCGAAAGCAUGCGACAGCUGUCGUCGCAAGAAGAUCAAAUGUAGCGGAGAAAACCCGUGCAGUAACUGCUCAACGUACAGCACGCCGUGUCAUUUCACAGAUGCGCCCAAGAAGCGCGCCAUGCCGCGAAGUGCCAAGUACAUUCAAGGCCUCGAGGCGAGGUUGGGCAAGAUGGAGGCGCUCGUGAAACAGUUAUUACCAGAUAUCGAGCUGGAUGAUCAAGGUGUGGACCAAGCGAUACGGCGAGCGAAGCCUGUCCUGACACCUUUGCACACAAGUCGGCAGCCGACUAUGUCGCCUGAGCUCGACCAGGACUUGUUAGAUAGUGCGCCCACCUCGCUACAUCGGCAAGCUUCACAAGAACCAGAAGAAGAGCUGGUAGAGCAGAUGGGACACCUUUGGCAUGACUCUGACGAGGAAUACGAAGAAGCUCAAUAUACAGGGGCUGCUUCAAGCUAUAUGCCACUUGUCGGUGUGCAAGGAACUGUGCGCGACUUGACUGGUGAUGAGAGCUUUGAACAACGCAUCAAUGGGUUCAGGAAGCGAAUUAUUGCACAAGAACGCAUACUAGGAAACAACAUCAACGCAUUGCUUGAUGUGAGCAUCACAAAGAAAAUUGAGCGAUUUUUGGCCAUUUUGCCAGACCCAGCAAUCUGCAAGCUGUACAUUGAUGCGUACUUCUCAAUUUUACAUGCAGAGUUUGCAUUCAUCAACCAACGUCAGUUUCUCGAGUCGCUCGACCCUGUUACCUGGCGUCCAAAAGUACUCCAAGACAUACCCUUCCUCAGUCUUUAUCUUUUGGUCAUGUGCUUCGGCUCUCAUUUAAGUCGACAGGAUGUGUUCUACACUGAAGACCAGGACGAGGGAAUCACCUAUUUCACGUAUGCAAGGACGCUCAUGUUUAGCGUCAAGGAGUAUGGCCGCUUCACCUUUGUACAAUGUGCCAUCUUGAACGCCCUCUACCUUGAGCGUCUCGGACAGAUGAAGGAGCUCUGGAUCAUUGGUGGUGUGCUUGUUCGGUCUGCACAAGCCUUAGGGUUACAUCGCAGACACUCGGAUCCAUCUAUGGAUGAAGAAACGAAGGAAGUGCGUAAACGAUGUUGGUGGAUCAUUUAUGAUCUGGACAGCCGUAUGACGUUGCUAAGUGGCAAUCCGAGUGCGAUCCACGAUGCCGAUUGUGAUCAAGAGUUGCCUACGCUUACACCAGAGGAAAUUGCAGAAAACAACGAUGUUCGCUUUAAAGAUGGCCGACAAUUCAGUUACAGUAUUGCUGGCAUCCAGUUGGCACAAAUCAACCAUCAAAUACAUCGACGACUGUAUAGCGUACAGGCUAUUCAUCACUUGUCGCCAGAGCAAGUCCACAAGAUCGUUGCUGAAAUUGACGCGCAACUCCUUGCUUUUGCUGAAAACUUGCCAGACGAACACAAGCCUGGAGAUGGGCGCGAUAUUGAGCAGCAGCGUGAAGCUUUUACCCAGCGUUUUCAAGAUUUCCCAACCAAGCAUGCCGCCUGUCAACGCAAGGUCAUCAGGGAUUGCUACUUGAUUCCCUCGCUACGUCUCGAAUACCUACAGCUCGUCAUGCUGCUCCAUCGACGCAACACGAAGCCCAUUCUGUCACCCACUGUCGCAUCGCCAACACACGGCUCACGAGGUGGAAGUCACAGUCCGCGAGGUCAUCAGCGAGCUGGCAGCGCAUUCUCGUCACCAUCAGAGUUUAAGCUGUCCGAACGCGCUUCGCGAGCCUGCUCAUCUCAUUCCAUUGCUGUCCAAACAGCACGCACCAUCUUGUCAGAACUCUGCCAUCGUGUACCCCUCAUGACCACGAGCGGACAUAUUUUGUUGUCGCGAUUCACGUCAGCAGCGUCGCUCAUGCUCUUCAGCAGUAUCGUGCGUAAUCCUUCCUCCUCCUCUGCGCGCAAAGACUUGGAACUACUCCAGCUCACUCAUGCAGCAUUCUUGGAGCAUCACACGAGAUUCCCACCCUCGGAGGAGGACAAGAUCCCAAGGCACUUUGGCAUCCUAACGAAGAUCAUGCCAGAGAUUCUCGGCGAGUUGUGUAAAGUUAGUGCAUUGGCCAUUCAACGUGCCGGCUCGCCACGCACGAAACGUUCAGCUGAAGAGGAUGUCGGCGAUUUGCAAAGCCAAAUGCCAUCCAUUUUCGGAGAGAUGCAAGACAUGUCCAUUGCCAACCCAGGUGUUGCAUUUGAUCCAAAUUACUUUGGUCCGUUGAAUGGUGGCGUUGGUACUGCGGCGACUCUGUCUGGACCGACUUUGGCACCUGAGUACUUUCCUGACUCGAGUGGGUUGUUCAAUUUUGGAUGGCCAGUAGGAUUCAACAUGCCUGGUAUGCAAGGCUCCGGAGCGGAGAGAAAAGCACCGGCAGGUAUGGCAGGCUUGAAUCUAGCUGCUGGUCUACCUGCAUUGUCGCCUGGUUAUCUCUUUGGCCUUGCAGCAUCCUCGGGCAUUGAUCAAGGGGUACUGCAGCAAACCCCCACGGGCUUCUUGCAUCAGCCUGCCAUGUUGCAGCAGCAACAGCAACAACUGUAUGCUUCUGAUUUCCAAUCACAUUCCAUGGCGGGUGCGGAUGUAUUGAAGGACGACUAUGAUGCGCAAAACUUUUGGAACUCGUUUGGCAUGUAUCAUCAACAGUGA